CCCAUCAUAUUAUACAUUUUUUUUUUUUUUUGUAAAAUAGUAAAUUAUUUCUUAUUCUGUUAUAUUGUAAUUUCUUUGCAAUACAACAACAGACUUAGAUUCAUAUUUAAACAGCAUCAUGGGUAUGUUUUGGUGCGGAUUUAAUGGAUUCAACCAAUUGAACAUUGAAUCAAACGUCGAUUUAGAUUUUCAUGCUUAUGGCAAUGAAGGAAAUUAUGGUGAAAUUCGACAAGUGGCAUUUUCUUGGAGUACUGCUUCUAUUUUGACAAAUUCUGGUAAAAUUGUCAUGAGUGGCCUCAUCAACAAAAAAACGAUUAAUUUUGAAAUAUUGGAUGAUUUAGAAUAUGGUCCUUUUAAAUCUAUUUCUUCAUCUGAAUCAAAUAUAUUAGCUGUUGAUUCAGUUGGCAAUUGUUGGUCGUAUUCAAAAUGUAAUGUCAAAUGGAAUAAUAUAACUUCAAUAUUACAAAGAGAGGAGCAAGACUCUGAAGACUCUGUAUCCAAAAAUCAAAGUCAACCAUCUAUUAAUCAUGUAUGCUGUAGUGAUACAACUCAUCUAGCAGUUACAUAUAAUGACAUUUAUUCAAUUCCAACUAAAAUAUUCAAUUCAAAAUUCAAAAUCACUCAAGUAUCCUGUGGCUUUGAACAUAUAGUUAUUUUAUUGGAAACUGGUUGCUUAUAUACACAAGGAUCCAGUAGCCGAGGUCAAUUAGGUCAUGGUGAAUUAAAUGAAGAAGAUCAUCCACGACUUCUAAAAUCUCUAGAUGGUAUUCGAGUUAUUAAUAUUUCUGCUGGUGGCUGGCAUACUGCUGCGAUUACAGAGUAUAAUGAUCUCUAUAUGUGGGGCUGGAAUCAUUCUGGGCAAUUAGGAAUUUCAAAUUUUUCAGAAAGUGAUGGUACAAUAAUGGCUUCAGAACCUGUACUGAUUGAUUGGGAAGAAGAGACAGAUAUUGAACAAGUGAGUUUGGGGGCAAGACAUUCAAUGGUUCUAACUAAAAACAAUAUACUUUGGGGUUGUGGGUGGAAUGCUCACAAACAACUUGGUAUUGAGACAUCCCAAUUAACUUGUGAUAGGAUGAUUAAUUUGAGUAAUUUAUCACCAUUGUUGAAAUGCAAUUUAAGGAAAAUCGUCAAAGUAGUAUGUGGUGCAUGGAAUAGUGCCUUGCUGUUAAGUAAAUGAUUUUUUACCCUAUUUUAAUGAAAUUAUUCUAAAAAAAAUUUAAUGUGUGAAUUAGUAGCUGGGUUUUGUGAAAAGCAAUUUUUAGGAUUACAAAAUUUGUUGUAUAAGAGAUAAUGUCUAUAUUCUCAUUACUAUAAUUCAAACAUAAAUUCUUUUUACAAUAGAUUUUGAAAAUGUUUUCAAAUUAUUAUGAGACAUACAUUUUAUACUAAGCAUCAAAUUUAAAUUAUUUGAAAUUUUCCAAGUAUUUAAAUUAUUUGCUUUCUUAUAUUUUUACUUAUAUCAACUUUAAAUGUCUCUGUGAUUUAAUUUGAUUAAAAAUGUAUUAAUUUGGGUAAAUUUCAACUUGUGAGGAAAUUAAUAUUUGUAAUAUUUUAAAUUAUCUAGAAUUGAAAAACAACAAUAGCUUUAAUUAAAUAUGUGUACUUCUUCAUUGAACAAAAUAUGGUAUGGAUGAAAAUAGUUAAAAAGUGUUAAACAAUUGGAAAGUUUAAAUUAACAUAU